AUCCUGCUGCGUUAUCCCCCGUGGCUGCUGCUUCGUCUCGCAACUUCCCCGUCCAUCGGCGCCGCCCGCCGCGCCCGCCCUCCGAACCCGCCGGAGCUGCGACGGCGGGGAGCUGUGCAAGUCCAACCAACACCGCCUCCAGUCUACAUACGUUGGAUGCAGCACUACAGCGCCAGCACCUGAACUGAAUCCUGUAACCGUCGCGUCGCCAUGGCGCACCCCGCCGCCGCCAUGCCGCUGCGCCGCCCGCUCCUCCUCUCCCUCAAGCCGGCUCGCCUCCUGUCCUCCCUCGCGGCCCCCUCGCCCGGCCUCCGCCACCCGCGCGCCCUCCGCCCCACAGGCCCUCUGCCGGCCGACGCCGCCGAGGACACCGACGAUCCGGACGCCGCGGACGGCUUGAAGAAGAGCCGCAACGCACUCAAGCGGGAGGCCCGCCGCGCCGUGCAGUGGGGCAUGGACCUCGCCAAGUUCCCGCCUCCGCAGAUCAAGCGCAUCCUAAGGGCCGCCUCACUGGAAACCGAGGUCUUCGACGCUCUCAUGCUCGUCAAGAGAUUUGGGCCCGAUGUGCGGGAAGGAAAAAGGAGGCAGUUCAAUUACAUCGGUAGACUUCUACGCAAUGCACAACCAAAAUUGAUGGAUACUCUAAUACAGGCUUCCAAGGAUGGAGAUGAUAGUAAGUUACAUGCCUUGCUGAGUGAAGAGAAAUUGUUGGUGGAAGAGGAGAAAGUGGAGGAACUACCUGAUGAAGAAGAGGACGAUGGAGAGUAUAUGAAAAUUGCAGAUAGAUGGUUUGAUGGUCUCCUUUGCAAAGACAUCUCAAUUACUAAUGAAGUUUAUGCUGUCCAUAAUGUUGAGUUUGAUCGUCAGGAACUGCGGAAGCUCGUGAGGAGAGUCCAGAUGGUUGAAGAAAGCACAAGUAAAGAUGGUGAAGAAGGAUCUAACGGGAAGCUUUCCAGAGCAAAGGAACCACUUUUGAGGUUCCUUCGCUCCCUUGCAAAGGAAGCAUGUGCGGAAUAGGUGAAAAACUUACUAACAUUUGUGAAGGAUGGACAGUGGUGCAGUUUGCAUCUCAUUGACCCACUCACGUGCAUAAUGUGUGUGGGUAAGUGCGAAUGCUCAUCAUUUCACACAGUUUUUGUAUACGAAAAGGUGAUGUGUUUUUUUUUGGUUGUUGUUGGCUCCGAUUACGGUGGUAGUGGUAGUGGUAGGAGGUUGAGGUUGUGGUCAAACACUACCAGCAAAUAAAUAGUAUGGAUGAAGCUCUCGGUAGCUUCAUCUGUAUUGGUAAUUUUGUAUUGGCUGCAUCAUGGACAUUUUUUUAUUUUGGAAAUUCUUAAUCGGCUAAUAUUGUUCAUAAUAAUAGUCAUUAGAAUGAUGGCCAAACGUUUCUGUGUUA